AAAAUUGCUUGACGUUCCCCAGAAAAGUUACCACUUUUAAACGAAUUUUACAAAUUUGGUUAGAAAAGUAAGUUAAUUUCCCACCAAAACAAAAUCUCCAUGUGAAGGCUAACCACUUUCUGCGUAGUAGGACUCCCUCUUCUCUCUUAUUCACUGUCAGAAUGCGUCAAGAGUUUAACAGCGGGGGAAAAUGAUAAGGAAUCUCCGAUCUCGGCGGCGGCCACGUUACGGCGCACAGGUAUGUGCAGUGCUCUCAGCUCUUCUCCUCUUAUUUUCAGUUUCUAUCCUCUACACCCGCCUUUCUCUCUCUUCCAAACCCGACAUGUAUCCCCGUCACUCAUACGUAGACGACAGCAACAAUGAUGCCGUUUUCCCCACUAUCCCUCUUCUCUCCGACUCCGAAGACGUUACCGCUGCCACCAUUACCUCCUCGACCGACGACAAAUUGACGAAUUGGACACCCUCGAAGAAAACGAAGUAACCGACGGCGACAACAGUAAUGAAAUCGAGCAAGAGGAGCUAGAAAUCACGACAAUUAAUCAAAAAGACAAUAUUUUUUCGUCUGGUCAUUUUGAUUUCGACCAUAUAAGUGGGAAUUAGAAGAGCUUUCAAUAAACGUUCGAUUCAAGAUUGGGAUUACGAUGGAGGGUUUUUGAACGAUGGUUUUGGGGGGGAUGAUGAUAAAAUUAAGGAAGCUUUUGGAUCCGAUGAUAUUCCAUUGGAUGAGGAAAUUAGGAGGAAAAUGACUGAAUUGGAAAGCAUUGAAGAUGCUUUGCUGGUGAAGAAAGUUACUGGGAGAAAAGUGAAUCCUUUGAGGGAGAAAUGGGGUGAUUGGUUUGAUAAAAAAAGUGAUUUUUUGAGAAGGGAUAGAAUGUUUAAAUCGAAUUUAGAGAUUUUGAAUCCAUUGAAUAAUCCUUUGCUGCAAGACCCUGAUGGGGUUGGUAUGACUGGCUUGACUAGAGGGGAUAAAAUGGUGCAGAAGUGGAUUUUGAGUGAGUUCAAGAAGGUCCCUUUUACUGUGAAGAAGCCAUUGGGGAUCUUCGAGAUGGGCUUGGAGGUUAAGAAAGACAGUGCAAGUAAGAAAAAUGAAAAUACGAGGAAUGUGUUAAGUGUAAGAGGAAGUAGUAGGGGUGGCAAGGAUGAUUCGAGCUCAAUUACAAAUGGGAAUGUGAGUAGAAUUAGAAAGAAUAAGGUCAAUAAUGCUGAUUUAGAGGCUCAUAAGAGUAACGCUGAGUUUACGGGUGGUAUAUAUGCUGAUGGGAAGAGAUGGGGUUACUAUCCUGGAUUGGACUCAAGGCUGUCUUUUACAAAUUUUGUGGAUGCAUUUUUUAAGAAAGGGAAGUGUGAUAUAAUAAUUUUUAUGAUAUGGAAUUCCCCUCCGUGGAUGUAUAGUGUUAGGCACCAAAGAGGGCUGGAGAGUCUGCUUGCUCAGCAUCCAGAUGCUUGUGUCCUUGUGUUCUCAGAAACAAUUGAGCUUGAUUUUUUCAAAGACAGUUUUGUGAAAAAUGGUUACAAAGUUGCCGUGGCUAUGCCAAACCUUGAUGAAUUGUUGAAAGAUACACCUACCCACGUAUUUGCAUCCGUGUGUUUUGAAUGGAGAAAGACAAAAUUUUAUGCUACUCAUUAUAGUGAGCUUGUUUUACUUGCUGCUCUUUACAAAUAUGGUGGCAUUUAUCUUGAUUCUGAUAUUAUAGUUCUGAAACCAUUAUUGGCACUCAAUAAUUCUGUGGGCCAGGAAGAUCAGGGAAGCUCUUUGAAUGGGGCGUUAAUGGCAUUUAGAAAGCAUAGUCCUUUUAUAAUGGAGUGUUUGAAGGAAUUUUAUUUGACGUAUGAUGAUACCCAAUUGAGAGGGAAUGGGGCUGAUCUUCUAUCGAGGGUUGCAAAAAGGUUUUUAAACAAAAAGAACGUCAUAUCCAUCAAACAGACAGACUUGAAUGUGCAACCUUCCUCUGUUUUCUUCCCUAUUAGUUCUCGGCAUAUUACAAGAUACUUCGUUGCCCCAACGACAGAAACUGAGAAAUAGCAGCAAGAUGCUUUAUUCAACAAGAUUCUGACCGAAUCUGUAGCAUUUCAUUUCUGGAACAGUGUGACAUCUUCCCUCAUUCCAGAGCCAGAGAGUGUCGUAGCCAGGAUUAUUAACCAUUCAUGUAUUCAUUGCUCCGAAUUGUUGUGAAUUUCACAUCUCUCUUCAGCCCUGCCCGAGAAUUAAUGAUGCAAUUCUUUUUUAACCCACGGUUGCAAAAUGCUUUAAUGAUAUUUCUGGAUUUUCGUUGUCA